AUGCUAUUAACAGAUACUGAGGCCAGUACAAGCAAUUCAACUAAUAGUUCAACUAGCACUCCAAAAAAGAUGAAGAUUUCUGAUAUCUCAACUGGCGUAGGUCAAAGAACAUUUAAUUUACGACCUCAAAAAGCUUUCAAAGGAUCGAACUCCAGACCAAAAGACUCAGAACAAUCUAAACGAUUGAUAUCUGGAUCUCAAAAUGAAUUAGAACAAUCUAAACGAUUGAUUUCUAAACAAUCUGCUUUACCUGUUUCACCUGCUAGACCACCUUUUAAUAUAGAACCAUUCAAAGGAACUCCACCUCCCCUUCUGAAGUGGUUAUAUCUCCUCAUUCUGUAG